AGCCGCGUUCGUGUUAAUCCGUCGCGGCCAUAAGACACGAUGGUACGGAUACCGAGCUGCUCAAUUACGCCUGGAUUAACAGUGCACGAGGGGUUCCCCUCCUCCCCCGAGUACUCCUCACCUAGAGAAUCCGUACUCUCAGUGUCCCUUGCACGCUCUCCACCUCGUGUACAAUCUACCAGGGCCUUUGAAACGCUAUAUAAAGUGACAAACUUGCUCGGUGGCGCUGUAUUAGCGUUAAUACGGUACCACGAUCCAGUCGGGUAAUAACAGUCGGAUAAAAUCGAACCGAUCGACGAUACGGUUUUUGACUCUCGUGUCACCCCGACAACCUUCUCGUCCCUUCGUCCGAUCUUCGGCAUACGUGUUACGCGCCUUUCCGUUCCGGAGUCGUGCGUGUCCGCUAGAUCUCGUCGAGACUUCCUCGAAUCGUCGCGAAUUCGAAAGAAAAUCUUGCCGGGCCAACUUUGGCUCUUUCGUCUUUCGCCUUUCACCUUUCGCCUUUCGCCUUUCGCCUUUCGCGUUCCGCGUUUCGCCUCGCUCUCGUUCAACUAUGGCCCAUCUCGGAACACGUGUUUGACGACAUCCUAUUCGAUAGGAGCCAUAAGAUUCUCGGAUCGAUUCCAAACUACGGACAAAAGAACCACAAGUUUGCCAAAUAUGAAUCGACUGGCCGCAAUCGUUUACAUCCUCGUGGGAUUUCUCGGCUCCAGCGCACUCCCUCGAGACUCGACCACUUACGAAGACAUGUCCUUCUGGCUGAAGUCGGGUCAGAAAAACCUUCAAGAAAAUCUGGCGUAUCGAAACAACGAAAACCGCGCGAAGAACGUUCUAAUAUUCAUCGGAGACGGCAUGGGAAUAUCCACGAUCACGGCUGGUCGUAUAUUCAAAGGUCAAAUCAAGGGCACAAGCGGCGAAGAAUAUAAAUUAGCUUUCGAGAAGUUCCCCAACACAGGUUUCGCCAAGACGUACAACACCGACAAACAAGUACCCGACUCUGCUGGAACUGCCACCGCGAUAUUUUCCGGCGUGAAGAGUCGUUACAGCAUGAUCGGUUUGGAUAGUAAAGCGAAAUACGAUCAUUGCGACGAAACCGUAAACGAGGCGAGCAAAGUGACAACGGUCGCGGAUUGGGCGCAAAAAGCGGGCAUGGACACUGGAUUCGUCACUACAACCCGUAUCACGCACGCCACGCCAGCUUCUCUGUACGCGCAUACCAAUAAUCGCGAUUGGGAAUGCGACACUGCGAUUCCAAAGCCAUACAAGUACUGCAUAAAGGAUAUAUCGAGGCAGCUGAUCGAAGAUGAACCUGGAAGGAAAUUUCAAGUAAUGAUGGGCGGUGGUGCGCAACACUUGGGCUUGCCCAUGGAUCCCAUAGAUCCGGACACAUGCGUCAGAGGAGACGGUCUAAAUCUGGCCGAGCUGUGGACUCGAGACAAUCCCGAGGGAAAACUGGUAACCGACGCUGAACAAUUGAUGUCCAUCGACAUCGCGAACACCUCGAAAAUUCUCGGAGUUUUCGCGGCCAGUCAUCUUCCUUACCAUGCAGUCAAGACGGAUCAAGUACCUAGUCUAGCCAAUAUGACUACACAGGCAAUUCGGCUACUUCGGAAAAACAAAAACGGUUUUCUUCUAAUGGUCGAAAGUGGCAAAAUAGAUAUAGCUCAUCACCACAACUACGCGAAAUUAGCGUUACGAGAAGUUUCGGAGCUCGAGGAAGCUAUACUGGCAGCCUUGCAACAAGUCUCGCUAGAAGAAACCUUGAUAAUCGUAACCGCCGAUCAUUCGCACUCGUUCACGAUGAAUGGCUACCCGAAGAGGGGAAACGAUAUUCUUGGGUUCGGCAGCGAUCCAAACAAAUCGAACGUUACGACCUACGAGACGCUCAGUUAUGCCAAUGGGCCGGGUUUCUUUUAUCACAGACGUAACGACAGCAACAACGUCAACGAAACUUGGAGGGACCUCGAUCAGGAUCGGACACGCGACCAACCUUUCUACGCCCAUAUGGCCGGUAUAUACAUCAAGACCGAAACGCACGGCGGAGAGGACGUCGGUGUUUAUGCAGCAGGUCCGUAUUCCCACUUGAUUCGCGGUACCUUCGAACAAAAUUACAUCGCUCACGUGGUAGCGUACGCAGCGUGCUUCAACGAUUGGCCAUCUCAUUGCGACGAUGCGUAUCAUCGUUACUUUUACCAAGUGACCAAUUUGGGAACCGCACACGAAAGUUGCCUCUUGUUCGCUCUUUUAUCGACAAUGCUCCUCCUCUUGAUCUCCUCGCAGUUCUAAUCCUUCGGUAGUCGCAACACUGCCAUACUUACUCGAAUAUCACUUGCUCGUUCCUGCACUCCUUCUUUCCACCCUUGUUUCGAUACUAUUAAUACCUUCCGUGCCAUUCGUUCCACGCGCGUUCUAUUAUUAGCUCGUAUUCGUACGGGACAAUACGUUUCAGAGGGCAAAUACGUUCCGGGUCUCGUCGUUCCGUACACUUGGAAACUACUCCCAUACGUCGUUGGGAUAUUCCGCUGUAAAUAAUUCAAGUUAGGUAUCUCAGCGUAGUAGAUAAGGCGCUUGAUACGGAUCGUGGUAUUGUAUUUACGCCUGUACAAAGCUACAAAAUCAUCCUGUACGUACCUACCUAGACGUUACGCAACGAUCGACGAUUACAUCGAGAAAAAUUAUUGAGCCGAACAUUCGUCCGAGCUGAUCGCGGCUAAGGAAUACCUUCUCGGCGCCUAUAUACGCGUCACGCGGUACUCGUUUGCUCAACUACGAUAUUUUUACGGAUUCGAACAUGUCCGAUUAUUUGUUCGUUGCCUAGCGAUUUCCAUUACUUGUCCGCACCGACGCAACCUUACUAAUGCGUAAUAAAUGAAUAAUAAUGCGCUCGUUACUCGUUGCAAUCUACAAGUUUCAUCAGACACAAACAAAUAGAUGAACGGAAUGACGGAUAACUAGUUAUCUAGAUGAUAGGUAGAUGGAUGGAUAGGUGGAUAGAUAGAUAGAUAGAUAGAUAGAUAGAUAGAUAGAUACCUACAUAGAUAGAUAUGCAAAUGAGGACCGAUGAAUGGAUGGAUGGAUGAAUGCGUAAGUAGGUAGACGGAGAAGGGAGAGAGAGAGAGAGAUAACUGCGCGAUCAAACGUUUAUUUUCAUAGAGCCAAUUUUGAACGUGCCAGUAGGUAAUUAAUCUUGUGCGAACGACGUGAAAAAUUCGCUGUUUCAAUAUCAAUACACGAGAUCGAUUGCAUUUUCGUCUGUGAUAUGUACAUAUGUGCUAUAUGAAAUUCGCGUCGCCUCGAUACGAGAGCGUUUCCCUUCCUCCUUCUUACGUUACGACAAAACUACGUACCUAGGUAAACGAGUAGUGUACUGUACAAGUGGUUGCAUAGACGCCGUGCUAUUCGACAACCACGCGUCGCAGGGAAGCGGUGCAAACUUCGAUUCGCGCGUUUGUAAAUCUGCGGAAAUAAAAAAGACUCGACAACGAUACGACAGAUGAAUAGGACGAGAAAAGUUGGAGGAAACUGCGCGACGUUUCGAACGAAGAGCGAUGCUACCGGAUAUAAUGCGACAGCCAGUCUUUAGUGGACGCUUUUAACGAGUCGCUUUUCGCGAGCAGCAACUCACGAACGAAUCGAUUUACCUGCAACUAUAGCGACGUAAUAAUUCUUGUAUAUCAGUGGAUUUGUGUCGUCGCUAACAAAAUUCCGGUCCGGUUUAAUCGAUGCGAAUGGAUUUCGUUGCGGUUCCAAAAGAACCUCGACCUCGCGAUCGAUAGAUUUGAUCCUACUAAUUUCCCAAAAGAUUUCGUUCGCCGUGUAAGACGUGACGACGACGGGUGUCGACAUCCUGGAAAAUUCUCGUAUCGUUUCCGGCCAAGUGUCCUCCCCCGCGAAACCUGUUUUCCUGUACAGGCCGGGAUUAAACGCGCAAAUCAGGUCGGGCCUCCCCUCCGCGUGCUCGACUCUGUCGCGAACGAACUCGUGAUAGAGCGUUCUCGGUCGAAACCGAACGUCCACGAGCCUAUCGGCAGCCUUGCACUCGGGGCACAGGUUCACUUUCGACAGAAGAUUCGCCGGCACGCCGUUCGGCAAUUCCAGCUCUGGGCCGACCAGUGCCAAUCGGAGCCUUCUCAGCUUCGGCAGAAAGUGAAGAAACAUCCGCUCCCAAACGUGCAAGUUUACACCCUCGAAUUGAAACUCCGCCCCGAGCACGUGCACGUUCAGCUCCGGUUUCUCUCGCCAUUCGGAGCAACAGAUCUGCAUCGCGUACAGAGUGGUCAGAGGGAUCGUGCAAACGUGCGACAGCAUGGCAUACGUGUAACAGUCCAUUUCGCGGUAAUACGAGCAAUCUCCGUACACGCGAUGCGUCAACUCGUCGAAAUUGGUGCCCGGGAGCGCGAGCUCGCCGCCGGCGAGCCGUUCUCGCCCCCUCGGAAUUUUCGGAUCGACGUGGCCGUGGUUGUGCUGCAAAAACAAACACCUUCGCAGCACCUGGAACUCCUUGCACCACUCGUCGUGCGGUUGCCGGUGAUGCCGGCAAAACGACUCCAUGCCGCAAGCCGCGCAACACUCGAAAUCCUCGGAGAAGCGACGACAGAUCCGGCAGACGCGGGGAUACAGGACGAUCUCCCUCUCCCAAAGUUUCAACGGCCUGCCGCUCUUCGAUUCUAGGAUCGCGAGCAACUGCAACCUGUACACCCUGUACCGUUCCGCGUCGAGCCGUUCCUCCGACUCGACGGACAUGGAGGCCGCGAAGGACGAGCGAAUUUCCGUCAGUGGUCCGCACAAGUCGCGAUGCUGCCGCAGCCCCUGCGCGCGAUGCACCGGCGAACAGUACGAGACCAUUCGGCAGCGUUCGCAAAACACUUUCGACCUCUCCAAGCAAACCGCGCAAAGGCUCGGCACGAACACGAAUCGAGGCUUAACGGUCAACACCAACCUCGUUUCCUCCUCGUCGCUCUCGUCGAUCGACCAGGAUGUCUCGAGAUCCUCCGACGAGCGUCCGCGAAUCAAAGGGUAACUCAGUCGCGAGUGCACGUCGAUCGGGACGUUGCUCGCGCGAUCGGCUCCAAUUUCCUCGCUCUUGGACCGAGCGUCCUCCUCUUUCGCUCUACUCUCGUCCCGACGAUUCCUCGCGUUGCCACCACGGCCGUUGCCGUCCGCUUUCGAUAACCGACAACUUUUACUUCGGCACUUCUUACGGCCCAUGCUUCCCACUUUUGCUUGGCCAGAAAUCUGUAUCGUUCAGACGUCUCGUUUAAUUCGAUCGAAUCGAAUUCCCGUGCGGCGUCAUUUAUUUCGCUGUUCCUCUUCGCAUUUCCUUGAAACGCUCAAUCGUCGAAACAACCGAAUCGACGAUUCAUCUUAAAAUGUCCGAAAUAAAAAGUAAACUGUCUUGUUCUCGUCGUAAGAAGCGGUGCGCGUGGCGAUCGAAGAUUUCGAUUUUAUACAAAUAUUUUCCGAAAUUCCGACCAAUGGAACAAAUUUUCAACGAAACUUACCGUAUCGCGCUAAACGUAUAAACGUAGACGAAUACAGAGAAUCGCGACGCAAGUCCGCAACCUGUGCAGGCCUAGGGCAAUCUGUACGAUGCACCACCAAUAUCCGUCAAAGUCUAUCGCGAUCUAUUGUCGGGGAGCAGCUAGUUCGUGGGCACUAUGCCCAUUGCCCGGACCAAGGUAUUUCAAGCUGCGCGCCUCGAGUGUCUGUACAUUGUUCAUUUGCGAUUACCAAGCAGAUCCAGCUCUAAUAACAUUUCACUCUCUUCGUAGUCGGAACAAAUUCAAUCGAACGGAAUCUAUAGCUGUUCAUUUCAAUACGAAAACUCGAGUUUUAUGCGUCAGAGCAUCUUACCUUGUAAACGACGAAUGCGUCCUUUCAAAUUACCGCAUCAAUUAACAAUAAUCGCAUUCUGCAUCUUCAUCGCGCGACAAAUAAUACUUUUUCGUGCCGCGAUCGAGUGUCAAUAAGGGGACCGGCAAUAACGUUCGAAACGAUAAAUGUAUUUACCUACGACACAUUGUACGCAUCGCCCAAUGCUAUCGAGAGAUGGCGGUGUGGUAACGGUCACCGCCAAUUUUCCGUAUCGUGUACAAAU